AUGUCUCCUUACAAAGCUCUAUUUGGUGUUAACACUCCCAUACACUUACCUCAUAUUCCACUAGAUACUAAUGUGUCUACAAUGGAAGAGUUCUUUCCGGAAAGGGAAUCAAUGUUGGAAACUCUUAAAAAGUCCUUAUGCAGAGCUAGAAUCCGGAUGAAACCAUUUGCAGAUCAUCACAGGACUGAAAAAGUCAAUGCGGAUGGUACAUGGGUAUAUUUGAAGUUGCACCCUUAUGUUAAGACUACACUAAGAGCUCACAAAUACCCUAAACUUUCACCCAAAUACUAUGGUCCAUUUCUUUUUCUAGCAAGGAUCAGACUAACUGCAUAUAAAUUGAAUUUGCCACCUAAUUCCCAAAUUCAUUUAACUUUUCAUGUAUCUCUUCUGAAGAAAGCUGAAGGUCCACCUAAUGUUGUUCAUAAUAUUCCUGAGGGAUCAAGUAAUGGAUUACAACCUAUGCACAUUUUGGACAGAACAUUAGCUAGGCAAGGUCAUAAACCCGUGGUGAAGUUUUUGAUACAAUAG